AUGAGUCGCAGCAAAAAAGCUUUAACUUUAGCAGAACUUGACGAGAUUAUGAACGAUCCAAGCUUUAUGAACGAUGUUGAAUCGGCUGAUAUUGUUGUUCUUCCACCUGAAGUAGACUAUCUCACAGACGAGGAUGAAGCUGAUGAAAAUCUGUUGGGUGUUGUUGAUGUACACGAUGUUCCAGGUGAGCUUGAAUUACAAUUAACAGUGUCGUCUCAAUUAGAAAAAAAAAAUGACUUAGGAAAAGCACAGGACAUUUUUUCACAAGAGCUCCCAAACGAGACGUAUCUGGUGCAAAAAAAAUGCGACUUUUUACUAACAUUUUACCUACUGGUACUCAAUCUUACACAAAACUUCUACCCGAAGCCUGUAAAUUUUGAAACUGUCAAAGUUACUGCAAAAUAUGAUCCUCAGAAAGAUACAUUCGAAUCUCCUACAUUUGCUAUGAGCAUUAGCACAAGCCAAAAGUAA